AUGUAUCUGACGACAUUUCUUGGAAACAUGACCAUUGCUCUACUGGUGGGUCUGGUUCCCCGGCUCCAUACUCCAAUGUAUUUCUUCUUGAGUAAUCUUGCUGUUAGUGAUGUUAUAUUUGUUUCAGCUACUCUUCCAAAACUUCUCUCCAUACUCCUAACACAUGACCAUUGGAUGUCUUUCUCUUCCUGUAUGACUCAGGUGUACUUCUUCUCAUUGUCAGGUUCUUGUGAUAUAUUUCUACUGACCUCCAUGUCCUAUGACCGAUAUGUAGCCAUCUGUCAACCAUUGCAAUAUUCCUUACUGAUGAGUAAAGAUGUAUGCCUUUCAUUGGCUCUGUCCACUUGGCUUAUAUCUGUGACUAAUGCAGCAAUCAAUGCGUUAUCUGCAUCUCUGUUGUCCUUCUGUCUCACACAAAAGGUUGACCAUUUCUUUUGUGAUCAGAAAGCCCUGUAUGAAAUAGCCUCUAGUGAUGUUACAGGCAGAUAUAUACUCAUGACAUGUCAAGAUGUACUUUUGGCAUCUUUUCCUUUUUUGCUAAUUAUGACCUCCUAUUUUUUCAUCAUCUCCACCAUACUGAAAAUUAAUUCCUCGGAGGGACGGGUAAAAGCUUACUCCAGCUGUACCUCCCCCUCACCACGGUAA